AUGUACAAUAUUGUUUUAGUUGAAAGAGACAAUUACAAAAUGUUUCUGUGUGUAUGCUUUGUUAUUUGGAGCGGUGCCCUCGUGCCGGCUUUGGCCCAAGGCGACAGACGGUGUGGCCACCCAGCUGUGCCGCCGAAUGCAAAGGUUUCUUUGGCUUCAGACACUGACAUAGUACCGGGAACAGUGGCCACCUAUGAAUGCGAUGACGGCUACGAGCUUUUCGGUGCACAUCAAAGAGAAUGUACAUUAAGGGGUGAAUGGACUUCAGAACCGCCAUUUUGUGGAACCAACGUUGCCUUCAGAAAACCAGCAAAUCAAUCAACCACUGUACGUGGUGGUAGCGCUAGCAACGGCAAUGAUGGUGAAAAGACCACCGAACACGACGGCAAAAGAUGCACAGAAACACAAAGAGAGGCUUCACCCUGGUGGCAGGUCGACUUGUUACGUCACUACGCCGUCAAAGUAGUCAGAGUCACCACAAGGGGCUGUUGCGGUCACCAACCCCUUCAAGAUCUGGAAAUCAGGGUAGGCAACAGCAGCAGUGAUUUACAAAGAAACCCACUGUGCGCAUGGUUUCCUGGCACGAUUGACGAAGGUAUAACGAAGACGUUCACUUGCGCCCGUCCCCUCAUAGGUCAGCACGUCUUUCUCCAACUGGUUGGAGUAGAGAGCUCCCUUUCUUUAUGUGAAGUAGAAGUAUUCACCACAGAAGAGUUCUCAAACGAUCGAUGCGCCCCGAUUGGAGCCUCAGCAGAUAUUGAGUUGGCUGCUUUUUCUCGAAACUGUUACGAAUUUAAUGGAGCUAAGGGAGCAUCUUUUGAGGAAGCGCGGAAACAAUGUCAGGAACAUGGAGGAGACUUAAUACAUGGGUUUCAGGGCGCUACGUCAAGUUAUCUAAUUCAGGAGUUAGAAAGGCGAAGGCCAAAUUUAAAGACUCUGUUGGUCUGGAUCGGAGCUCAAAAGGAACCUGGUCUUACUUCCAGAACUUGGAAAUGGGUUGACGGAGAAACUGUUACGAAGCCAACGUGGGGAAAGGACCAGCCGAAUAAUUAUAACGGCGAACAAAACUGCGUGGUGCUUGAUGGUGGGCGCUCCUGGCUAUGGAACGACGUCGGCUGCAAUCUGGACUACCUACACUGGAUCUGCCAGUACCUGCCCCCUACUUGUGGAAGUCCAGAUAAACUGUUGAACACGACAAUUGAAGAUAAUGAUUACCAUGUAGGGUCUUCGAUAAGGUAUAAAUGUCCACAAGGUCACAUGCUGAUUGGAGAUAAAACUAGAGAGUGCAAAAAAGAUGGGUUUUGGUCUGGAACAGCACCAAGUUGUAAAUACAUUAACUGCGGUGGAUUGACUCCAAUUCAAGAUGGUACCGUGGAUUUAGUAGAUGGACACACCACAUAUGGAGCGAAAGCUAUUUAUUCAUGUAAAGAAAAUUACACACUGGUGGGUAACGCUGAACGAAUGUGUAAGGAUCAAGGAAUUUGGGAUGGAGAGGCACCCAAGUGUCUGUUUGACUGGUGUCCAGAGCCCCCACCAGUCUCAGGGGCCACGGUCACCACUAGUGGGCACAAAGCAGGAUCGUUGGCAACCUAUACUUGCCAGAACGGAUUUAUUCUUUUUGGAUCACCAAGUAUCACUUGUAAUCUCGGUGGAACAUGGGGCGGCACCCCACCUUCGUGUAAAUAUGUCGACUGCGGCACUCCAGCACAAGUCCAUAAAGGGUCCUUCAGACUAUUGAACGGCACGACUACCUACGGCUCGAUAGCCCAAUUCACCUGCGAACCCGAUUACUGGUUGGCGGGAGCUGAAGUACUCACAUGCUAUCGUGAUGGCAAAUGGUCGCAUGAGAUACCUUCCUGUGAAUUGAUAAGUUGUUCCGACCCGGAGGUGCCGACUGGUGGUUAUAUGGAGGCAUAUGAUUACAACGUCCACUCAACCAUUGACUUUCAUUGUGAGAAGGGACAUAAACUCAUUGGUGAACCAAGUCUCACGUGUCAACCUGACGGAGAGUGGUCAGGAGAAUCGCCUAAGUGUGAAUAUGUGGACUGCGGUAAAUUGCCACCUCUGCCCUAUGGUUCAGCGGAACUUUUAAAUGGUACCACGCAUUUAGGAAGUAUUAUCCAAUACUCAUGUACUACUAACUACAGGCUAGUCGGACCAGUAAGAAGGAUAUGUACUGAAGAUUUUCAAUGGAGUGAUUCGUCACCUAGAUGUGAAGAAAUAAGAUGUCCAGAGCCAAUAGUAGCGGAAAACAGCAUUGUGUCCGUAACCGGUAAUGAUCGCAUGCACGGACGCACGCUCAUUCGUACACGAUCAAGUACACAGGGUAACACGUACAGAAUCGGUGCCUUGGUAAAAUACCGCUGUGAGCGUGGGUACAAGGUGGUGGGCGAGAGUCUAUCAACAUGUGAAGAUAAUGGACAAUGGAGUGGAGUCAGACCUAAAUGUCAAUACGUUGACUGUGGCAAUCCGGGUCGCAUACAAAAUGGCAAAGUGACAUUGGCUACAAACGCGACGUACUAUGGAGCUGCAGCUUUGUAUGAAUGCGACGAACAUUGGCAACUAGACGGGGUCUCAAGGCGAUUGUGUCAAGAUAACGAAACCUGGAGUUCUGAAGCACCUGUAUGUAAAGAAAUAACCUGUGUGGAUCCAUCAAUACAAAUAAAGGGCAGUAUUGGUUUAUUGGUUGUGACGUCAACUCUCAGCAUUGGAGGCGAAGCGCACUACCGCUGUGAACGAGGAUACAGCCUUAAAGGAAAUGAAACUAGAACUUGUCUACCGAAAGGGCAGUGGGCCGGAGCGCCUCCUGUUUGCAUACCGAUCGACUGCAAGUCACCCGGCACUGUAGACAACGGCAGAGUGAUUAUUUCAAAUAGUUCGACACUCUUCGGCAGCUCUAUAGAGUAUCACUGCUUACCGCAAUUUCAGCGAGUUGGACCAUUCCUUCGCAAAUGUUUAGACGAUGGCAAAUGGUCAGGAGAAGAACCCAAGUGCGAAUUAAUUACGAACGAAGCUGCUGAAAAUGGCGCUCUGCCACUCAGUGUUGGAGUUGGUUGCGGUAUUGUUCUAUUUUUGCUUAUGUUGCUCGGAGUCAUCUAUUUAAGACUACGUAAAGCAACGCCAGUCAAAAACACUGAAAAUAUAGAAGGAGCUGAACGGAAAGAAGACCAAAACGCAGCCGUAAUGAGCUACGCAACUCUCCACGAUACUAACGGACGGCAUAUUUACGACCACGUAACGGACAAUCUGUAUGAUUCACCGUACGGCGAGAGUUUAGCCGAGAACUCCGCGUACGGCAGACGCAGUGACACCGAAUCCGCAUACGAACCAGAACCCACCGGCCCCAACGCCGUCGUCACCAUCAACGGAGUAGCCGUUCGUUGA